ACGUGAGCGGCGCGGGGGGACGAUGGCAGCGCACCUGAGCUCGGGGCGCGUGAACCUGACGGCGCUGCGCGAGGCGGGGCGCAGGGAGCUGCGCGAGUUCCUGGACAAGUGCGCGGGCUCCAAGGCCAUCGUGUGGGACGAGUACCUGACCGGGCCCUUCGGGCUGAUCGCGCAGUACUCUCUCCUCAAGGAACAUGAGGUGGAAAAGAUGUUCACUCUCAAGCCAGGCCGCCUGCCCCAAGCUGAUGUCAAGAACAUAAUCUUCUUCGUUAGGCCCAAGCUGGAACUGAUGGACAUCAUCACAGACAAUGUGCUUAGGGAAGACAGAGGCCGCUCUCCCCAGAGGGACUUCCACAUCCUCUUUGUGCCACGCCGCAGCCUGCUCUGUGAGCAGUGGCUGAAGGAGCAGGGCGUGCUGGGGUCCUUCAUCCACCGAGAGCAGUACAGCCUGGACCUGAUACCCUUUGAUGGAGACCUGCUUUCCAUGGAGUCGGAGAGUGCGUUCAAGGAAUGCUACCUGGAGAGUGACCAGACAAGUCUGUACCAUGCAGCAAAGGGGCUGAUGACACUGCAGGCUCUCUAUGGAACCAUCCCACAGAUCUUUGGGAAGGGCGAGUGUGCCCGGCAUGUGGCCAAUAUGAUGAUCAGGAUGAAGCGUGAGUUCCCUGGAAGCCAGAACUCGAUAUUUCCUGUCUUCGAUACUCUCUUGCUGCUGGACCGCAACGUGGACCUGCUGACACCACUGGCCACACAGCUGACCUACGAGGGGCUGAUAGAUGAAAUCUAUGGCAUCCAGAACACUUAUGUGAAACUCCCUCCUGAGAAGUUUGCCCCAAAGAAGCAGGGUGAGGGUGGGAAAGAUCUCCCCACAGAACCCAAGAAGCUCCAGUUGAACUCUGCUGAAGAGCUGUAUGCUGAAAUCCGAGACAAGAACUUCAAUGCCGUGGGGUCGGUGCUGAGCAAGAAAGCCAAGAUCAUUUCAGCAGCCUUUGAGGAAAGACACCACGCAAAGACCGUUGGAGAGAUCAAGCAGUUUGUCUCACAGCUGCCACACAUGCAGGCUGCAAGGAGUUCUCUAGCAAACCACACCUCCAUUGCAGAACUCAUCAAAGACAUCACCACAUCUGAAGAUUUCUUCGAUAAUUUAACGGUGGAACAGGAGUUCAUGUCAGGAAUAGACACAGACAAGGUUAACAAUUACAUUGAAGACUGCAUAGCUCAAAAACAUCCAUUAAUCAAGAUCUUGCGUCUCGUUUGCCUGCAAUCCAUCUGCAACAGUGGAUUGAAGCAGAAGGUUCUGGACUACUACAAAAGAGAGAUUCUGCAGACCUAUGGCUAUGAACAUAUAUUAACUUUAAACAACUUGGAGAAGGCAGGACUCCUGAAACCUCAGACAAGUGGCAGGAAUAACUACCCAACCAUCAGGAAGACCCUGCGCUUAUGGAUGGAUGAUGUGAAUGAACAGAACCCAAAUGACAUCUCCUAUGUGUACAGCGGCUAUGCUCCCCUCAGCGUACGCCUGGCACAGCUACUGGCUCGGCCAGGGUGGAGGAGCAUAGAGGAGGUUCUAAAGAUGCUGCCAGGUCCCCAUUUUGAGGAGAGACAGCAGUUACCUACUGGCCUUCAGAAAAAGCGUCAGCACGGUGAGAACCGAGUCACACUGGUGUUCUUCCUGGGAGGAGUAACGUAUGCUGAAAUUGCUGCGCUGAGGUUUCUGUCCCAAAUGGAAGAUGGAGGCACAGAGUACGUCAUAGCCACUACAAAACUGAUCAAUGGGACCAGUUGGAUCAAAUCCUUGAUGGAAAAACUGGAGCCUGCCCCUUUCUAGGGUCUGUGGGGAGAGACAGUAAAAGCAAGAGGCCCUGUGUGACACAGGCAUGUCAGCCUCUGGCCUGGCUGCUUGAACAUCAGAGAAACACUACGGUGAAAGAAGUUAUCCUGGGCCCAGGUUGUGCUGCAGUUAUCCUCAUCCGUCUCUGCACUUGUAUUCCUGCUGCUCAUGGUACUGCCAAGUAGUACUGAAAGCCACUAACAAACUGGGAGAGAGAUCCCUGCUCAUGGUCUGAACUGGUAAACAAGUGCUGGGGAAGUGGAGAUCAGCCCUGGUCCUUCUGUUUGGCAAAGCACUUCUGUUUUUUCCUUCAGUUUAGUUUUGGUGGGAGAUUUGAUUACUUCCUUUUACCCUCCUAAGGUUCUGAGAGGGCAGGAUGUUUUCUGUUCCAAAUUUCAUACCACUCUUGGCAAUAGCUAGCCACGUGCAUGUCAACAGCACUGACUGCAAGUAACCCAGCUGCACCCAAAUGAUGAGGAAGAUGCUUCAGUCUCUUUUUUUUUUU